GGAGCGGCGGAGGGGGGCGGGGCCGCCUCCCGCCGGGGCUGGCGAGGUCUCGCGAGAGGAGAAGUGGAGGGGGAACAUGGCGACGUCGAAUCUGUUAAAGAAUAAAGGUUCACUUCAGUUUGAAGACAAAUGGGAUUUCAUGCGCCCCAUAGUUCUGAAGCUUUUACGCCAGGAAUCUGUCACUAAACAGCAGUGGUUUGAUCUGUUUUCGGACGUCCAUGCAGUUUGCCUGUGGGAUGAUAAGGGCCCAGCAAAAAUUCAUCAGGCUUUGAAAGAAGACAUCCUCGAUUUUAUUAAGCAAGCACAAGCAAGAGUCCUGAGCCAUCAAGAUGAUACAGCUUUGCUAAAAGCGUAUAUUGUAGAGUGGCGAAAAUUCUUUACGCAGUGUGAUAUUUUGCCCAAGCCAUUCUGCCAACUAGAGAUUACUUUAAUGGGCAAACAAGGCAGUAACAAGAAAUCAAACGUAGAAGACAGUAUUGUUAGAAAGCUCAUGCUAGAUACGUGGAAUGAGUCAAUCUUUUCAAAUAUAAAGAAUAGACUCCAGGACAGUGCAAUGAAGCUGGUCCAUGCUGAAAGAUUAGGAGAAGCUUUUGAUUCUCAGCUGGUGAUCGGAGUAAGAGAAUCAUAUGUUAACCUUUGUUCUAAUCCCGAAGAUAAGCUUCAAAUUUAUCGGGAUAAUUUUGAAAAAGCGUAUUUGGAUUCGACAGAGAGAUUUUAUAGAACACAAGCGCCUUCUUAUUUGCAACAGAACGGUGUACAGAACUAUAUGAAAUAUGCAGAUGCUAAAUUAAAAGAAGAAGAAAAGAGAGCGUUACGAUAUUUAGAAACAAGACGGGAAUGUAACUCUGUUGAAGCACUUAUGGAGUGUUGCGUAAAUGCUUUGGUGACAUCCUUUAAAGAGACGAUAUUAGCAGAGUGCCAAGGCAUGAUCAAACGAAAUGAAACAGAAAAGCUGCAUUUAAUGUUUUCACUGAUGGACAAGGUUCCCAAUGGGAUAGAACCAAUGUUAAAAGACUUAGAGGAACAUAUCGUUAGCGCUGGCCUAGCUGAUAUGGUAGCGGCUGCUGAAACUAUCACUACUGAUUCUGAGAAGUAUGUAGAACAGUUACUUACACUGUUUAAUCGAUUUAGUAAACUUGUAAAAGAGGCAUUUCAAGAUGAUCCACGUUUUCUAACCGCAAGAGAUAAGGCCUACAAAGCAGUUGUGAAUGAUGCUACAAUAUUUAAACUUGAGUUGCCACUGAAGCAGAAAGGGGUGGGUUUAAAAACACAACCCGAGUCAAAGUGCCCUGAGCUACUUGCCAAUUACUGUGACAUGUUGCUAAGAAAAACACCACUAAGCAAAAAACUAACCUCUGAGGAAAUCGAAGCAAAACUUAAAGAAGUGCUAUUGGUGCUUAAAUAUGUGCAAAACAAAGAUGUAUUCAUGCGCUAUCACAAAGCUCAUUUAACGAGACGACUGAUAUUAGACAUCUCUGCCGAUAGUGAAAUUGAAGAGAAUAUGGUGGAAUGGCUGAGAGAAGUAGGUAUGCCUGCCGACUAUGUAAAUAAACUUGCAAGGAUGUUCCAGGACAUUAAAGUGUCUGAAGAUUUGAACCAGGCUUUUAAGGAAAUGCACAAAAAUAAUAAGCUGGCAUUACCGGCGGAUUCGGUGAAUAUUAAAAUACUCAAUGCUGGUGCCUGGUCCAGAAGUUCAGAGAAAGUAUUCGUAUCGCUUCCCACUGAGCUGGAAGAUUUGAUCCCUGAGGUGGAAGAAUUUUACAAAAAGAAUCACAGUGGCAGAAAAUUGCACUGGCACCAUCUCAUGUCAAACGGAAUCAUAACAUUUAAGAAUGAAGUUGGUCAAUAUGACUUGGAGGUAACAACAUUUCAGCUGGCCGUGUUAUUUGCCUGGAACCAAAGACCCCGAGAGAAGAUCAGCUUUGAAAAUCUGAAACUUGCAACUGAGCUCCCCGAUGCAGAACUUAGAAGGACUUUAUGGUCUCUUGUAGCUUUUCCAAAGCUGAAACGACAAGUUUUACUAUACGAACCUCAAGUCAACUCACCCAAAGAUUUUACAGAAGGAACACUCUUCUCUGUUAAUCAAGAAUUCAGUUUAAUAAAAAACGCAAAAGUUCAGAAAAGGGGUAAGAUCAACUUGAUUGGGCGGUUGCAACUCACCACAGAAAGAAUGCGAGAAGAGGAGAAUGAAGGAAUAGUUCAGUUAAGAAUAUUAAGAACCCAGGAAGCUAUCAUCCAAAUAAUGAAAAUGAGAAAGAAAAUCACUAAUGCUCAGCUUCAGACUGAACUGGUAGAAAUUUUGAAAAAUAUGUUCUUGCCACAGAAGAAAAUGAUAAAAGAGCAAAUCGAAUGGCUUAUAGAGCACAAAUAUAUCAGAAGAGAUGAGUCGGACAUCAACACCUUCAUCUACAUGGCGUAACUCGGAAGACUGUGGGAAAAUGUUGAGACCCCAAAUUGAUGAGUGUUUAGACAGACCUACCACAGUUUGUGCCGGGGAAAGACUCAUUUGGACUUUCAUUACGUGAAUAUAAAAAUCCCUGCCUUACCUGACAACAGAACUGUUUUUUGCCAAUCUCAUCAUCUAGCAUGAUGGCAUUUCCUUCUUGUUGCACAUUUUUAACAGCAUGCCGUUUUGUGGGGAAAUUUGCAUUCAUGAAGAGCCCAUUGUAAGAUUUUUAACGUAGAUUUGAUUUACACCCACCAGGAGGAACAACAGUUUGGGAGGGAUCGUUGGAGAUUUUUGGUUUUUGUUUUUUUUUUUUGUUUCCUUUUUUUUUUUUUUUUUAAUAAAACAGUACUUGCACAAGGAAAGAUCUUUAAAUAUUCAUGCACUGAGGAACUGCUGUUAGUUUUCUUAAAAACUGCAAUUAGAACUAGAAGUAGCACUUUCAGUUUGUUUUGAUCAACCGAGUAAUGUACUGUCUACCUUUCGGUGAGCCGUAAGGUGUCACAUUCGGUGGAGACAGCUACAUCCCAGUUGAGAAGUUAGGUCUUUGUUACAGUAACGACCUGUUGGCUCAAGCAGUGCUUCACUAUAGUAACUGGAUUUUAAUCCUGACACGCAAGCGAUGUAAAAUAUCUCCAACUAGCAGGAAAUCCAUGUUUUAUUUGUUUGCUCUAAGUGGUAUGGAUAUGUACGAUCUUAACCGGCCAAAUAAUUUAACAGUCCCUUUCGUUGAAGCUUUCUUAAAUACUGCUUCGUUAUUCAGUUGGUUUUUUUUUUUUAAAAGACUUGCGUAGGUGGCAGGAUUUGCAGUAGCAGAAAGAACAAAUAUCAGGUGUAUUCUGUUGCACACUUGAUGUCUGUGCUUCGGGUUUUCACAGAGGUACCUACAGAUCGAAGUGCAUUGAAAAUAAUGCUCAACUCCCCAAGCAAAACGCCGCUCGUUUAAGGUGAUCCCUCUCAUUUCAUUUCUCAUUCUGCAGCGGGGGGAUUAUUGGUAUUUGGAGCCAUUAGGUUUGACGAUUGAUUAUCCGAGACCCCCGCUCCCCCCCCCCCCAAACCAAAGUCAAUUUUUUUUUGUUUUUUAAUGGAUGCCAUUUUGAAACGGGACAGUUAAAAGCUUGUCGAGAGACCUGCGGAAAAACUCUUUCAACUUUAGCGUGAGCAGCAAACGUGCCGAAUACGUAUAAGUCAACCUUUUAAAAUGUUCAGAUAUCCUCAGUUACCUUGGUCCUUGUAGUCAACACAGGGGAGCAGCUUCAGCGAGUACUGUGCUAACAUCGCUUGGGCUGAGGAUGUGCGUGACAGAGAGAAACUUUGAUUUCCCCCUUUGGGGAAAAGAAAACUCAAGCUCGACAUUUUUUUCUUUAUUGGUGCGAUUUUUCAAGUAGUAAUAGUAUUACGGAUGGUAUUUAUUGAGCGCCUGCUGGGUAGGAUGCACUUUCUCAAGCGCCUCGGAAAGUACAACCCAAAAGGCACUUUAAAAAUCUCUGGCAUUAUAAUGAUUUUCACGUACUGUGAAAGGUUCCAAAACAGUGCGGUUUUUGAAGAAGGGGUUAGAAAAUGGCACGGCUCGGCGCAAUCGAUUGAGAAAGGGGACAGUAUUAUAUUAUUGAGGCUAAGCAGGCAGCGGCGGCUCCCAGGGAAACAAAGGCCAAGAAGCUUUUUCAGUCACCCGCUCCAAGAAAGGGGAAAUACAGUCAAGCGGUUGAAACCUCGAUUCAUUUUUUGGGCUAGAUACAUAUCUAGUUGUGAGGCGCAGUGGCAAACGGAAACUUUGUGUGUGUUUAAACCUACAAAGCAUUGCCGUUCACCUUGAAGGGAGCGCGGAAGCGUCCACCAGAUUAGCCCUAGAAUGUUGUUGGGGAAUCAAACUCUCAUUUGUGCCCACUUUUUUUCCUAGCCAUAUAAAAUGCCAACAAUGGAUAAAAUCGGAAAUUUAGAAUAAUAAACCGCCAACAUACUGGAGACCCUUUUGUACGUAUUUGGUAUCUUCCUUUGAGUGAUAAGGCCGGAAUCGGAAACAAGGUAAAUUGGAGUAGACGGUUUUAAAUGCUGAAGGCAUUUCUACCGUUGCGUCUUUAGCGCUAACUUUUAUAUUUUCAUAUUUUCUGUCAUUUUAACGGAAGAUCGAAGGCCACUGUUGUGUUCGCCCAUCUGGGCAAGCUCCAUUACUCUAAGCCCAGGACACAGUUUAUAUGAAAUUUUGUGGAAUUUGAUUUUAUAGUUGGUUAUUUGUAUCUUUCACCUCUAAACCGCAGAUACUGUACAGAUAUGAUAGUUUCCUUUGUUGCCCCCGUAUGUUCGACAGUUCGUAGCCAAUAAUACCCAUCAACGUUUAUGGAAACCACCCUAUUUGACAAGGUGCCUAUGACACUGUUAAACGAUUUCUUCUGGAAACGAGUUACCUUUAAACAAACCUGAAAAGAAAAAAUUACACCAGCAGUUUGCUUAAAGAUGCAGAAUAUCGUUUCAACGUGCUUCAUCCGGUCGGUUUCACCAAAAUGCACUUAAGUGACUUCUUGGCAGAGGCAGGUAUUGGAGAGAGAAACGGUACCUGAAGGAAGAUGCUAGGCAGAUGGGGGAGAGGGGGGAAAGGAUAAAUAAAUAAAGGUUCUUUACUUGCAAUAGGGCGACGAUGCACUUUUGAAGCUGAAAUUUUAGCUUUGAAUAUCUCCAAAGACCUAGCUUAAUUAGGUGCUGCACCUGAAGCGAUAAACUCACGUUGCCACUCACGAUGCCGCUAAGUCAAAAUGCGAGGCAAAUCGUCGAUCACGUUUGUAGUGAGUUUUCAGUAAAUACAAAUAUUAAAUCUUUUCUUGUCCCACUAAUUCAACCAAGACUUGAAUUUUUAAUUCUGAAGUCUUCCAUUUUGCGCAUUCCACUGGUGGUGUCCCUGGUUUCUGUUUAAUCCAGUGUCUCUUGCACUUGGUUUGGGCGUAAAGGUUAACAUUUCAAAAAUGAAACAAAAGUCCUCUUUAUUUUCACCUUAAAUGGAAAGAAAAAUCCCCGGACGACCGGAAAGCGUUUCUACUCUCUUUGCGUCGGGAUGUCAUCGGUCCUCAACACUGCGAAUUUUGACCGUUCAGCUGGGCGACGGAUUUGCUAGUUUUACAGAAAGAUUUGCUAUCUGAAACUGAACCUGCGUUUUCUAUUUUCACGUGAACGAUCGGGAUGCUGUCUCUGUAAAUUCUCCCAAGGUCGUAUUUGUGAAAGAAACAGUACCUGACAGCUUUCCUAUCAGAUACACUAUAUGUAGUCUGGAGUGUUGGACAAACUUGAGUUCCUAGGAUGUAAUCUAGCUAAGUAUGGUAUUUUACAGUUUUGAAUGUGCGCCACUACGUACCGAGAUGAGAAUGCUGUACGACUUGGAAUGGUAACAGUUUCUGUACGGCGGUCCAGCCGAACUAUUUUGAUGUACUGCUUCGUUUUUGAAUUUUAUUUUUUAAGUUGUAUAAUUUAUUUUCUUGCAAAAUAAAAAUGUAAUAUAAAAAAGACUA